AUGUCGACACAAGAGACUGCCUCAGCGGCCAGCAUACCGUCGGCAGACACGGCAGGCGGGCACGACGAUACGGCACAAGUCCCUAGCGCUGAUGCGCCGGCCGAGACGACGACGCAAGAUGAGCAGGACGACGACCUCGACGACAUCUUUGUCGACGACGACGACGACGACGAUUACGACGGCGACUGGGACGCAGACCAGGGCGGCGACCUGACCAAGCCGUACAACCGCCAGCACCAGGCCAGCAGCGAUCCGGUCGGUGCCGCAACCGGCCGAUCCAAGCCGGCGGCCAACACGCACUCCAGCAUCGACGACCAGGUGUCCGCGCUGGCCAAGCACGCGGCCAAGCUCCGGCUAGACACGGUGAAGCAGGGCGGGGAGCGCGACAAGGACAAGUCGGACCGGGCGACGUCGGACCAGGUGCUGGACCAGCGGACGCGCAUGAUCCUCCUGCAGAUGAUCAACCGCGGUCUGGUGAGCGAGAUCCACGGGGCCAUCAGCACUGGCAAGGAGGCCAACGUGUACGGGGCGGUGUCGCACGACGAGUCGACGGGGGAGGAGGUGCACCGGGCCAUCAAGGUGUACAAGACGGCCAUCCUGGUCUUCAAGGACCGCGAGCGCUACAUCACCGGCGAGCACCGGUUCCGCGGCGGCUUCGACAAGGGCAACAGCCGAAAGAUGGUCAAGCUGUGGGCCGAGAAGGAGUACCGCAACCUGCGGCGCAUCCACAACGCCGGGAUCCCGUCGCCCGAGCCUCUGGGCCUGAAGCUGCACGUCCUGGCCAUGAGCUUCCUCGGCGACCGCAAGGGGUGGGCGUACCCGCGCCUGCGCGACGCCGCCGCCGUCCAGACCGACCGAGAGUGGCAGGCCCUGUACGGCCAGCUGCUGGGCAUCAUGCGCCGCAUGUACCAGGUGUGCCGUCUCGUCCACGCCGACCUCAGCGAGUACAACAUCCUGUACCACCAGGGCCGCCUCUACAUCAUCGACGUGUCGCAGAGCGUUGAGCCUGACCACCCCCGCUCCCUCGAGUUCCUCCGCAUGGACAUCAAGAACGUCGGCGACUUCUUCCGUCGCAAGGGCGUCGACACCCUGACCGACCGCGCCAUAUUCGGCUUCAUCACCGCCGCCGCCGCCGACAUCCCCGUCGAGGAGCCCGCCAUGGGCGAGGCCAUCGCCAAGCUGUACGAGAACCGCACCGCCACGGCUGCCGACGACGAUGACGACGGCCAGGCCGCCGCGGAGAUAGAGGUCGACAACGAGGUCUUCCGCAACCAGUACAUCCCCCAGACGCUGGAGCAGGUCUACGACAUUGAAAAGGAUGUUCAGAGGCUGGGCGAGGGAGAGGGCGCCCAGCUCGUGUACAGCAAUCUGCUUGCCGAUCAGGUCGUCGCCGGCGGCGCCAAGAAGGAUGAUGCCGAGGCCGAGGCAGGCGACGACGAUGCCGAGACCACUGGCGAUUCAGACUCCGACUCCUCCGGGCAGGAUCACGGUGCUGCCCUGGAAGGUGACGAUGAGGCUCGUUUUGCAAAGGGUAGGCCGCGUGGUCGCAAGUUUGAUGACAAGGAUGAGAAAAAGCAACACAAACAAGCCGUCAAAGACGCCAAGCGCGAAAAGCGCAAGGACAAGAUCCCUAAGAGCGUCAAGAAGAAACUCGUCAGUUCGACGACACGACGGAAGAAAUAG